AUGUUUAAAAAGUUUUUAGUCCUGUUGCUGUGUUUCAACCGGUUCAGUUUGGUCAAACUUGAGACAACAAGUGGCCGAUUCGCACGAUGCCGCGGUCAAUCUAACGAGGUUCUCUGUUGUGCCGAUAAACCAGAUUUGAUAGCAACAAAUGUUGAGAGUGUCACCAAAUGUUCUGCUCAUUGUGCUGGAUUUGAUGGCAAUCAGUUGGAGCUGAUUAGGACAUCAUCAUCAGCAUCAUCUCCUCCAUUCAACUCUAUGUUGUAUCCAAACAUCACAUACCACAGAAUCAAUUCAGAGCUCUAUUCAUGUGAGAUGCACGAUUUGCACUUCAACUUAUCCAUCCUGCCUCCGUUCUUCACUCCAGCAAACGCUUGUGAUGCUUUCAAUUAUUUCAGCACAUCUGCACUCUGCUACUUGUACGCUCCACGAACUUCCUACAACGCCAGCGCCAGUAAUGCUACUCAGUGCUCUUUCUACCAGACUCUGACAAACGCAGAAACUGUUACAACAUGCAAGGCAGUUGUAUGA